AUGUCACUCAGAGAAAAAUACGAUAUUUUCACAAAGGAUGAACCGCUCACCAAGGAUUCGCUCUGCGAUCUGCUAUCAUCAUGCAACCGUGUGCCACCGCCUAUGGAUGGUUUGUCUUCCUUGCCGAGUACGUUUGAGGAGUUCGAAAGACUUGCAACGUCGUGCAGAGAAAUGAACAGCCGGAAGGAUCUGCUGAAGCAUUUGGUUGCAUUUAACAAGGGCAGUGUGUGCAUGGAGAAGGAGCAGUUCGAGAAAUUUCUCUCGAUUGGCGAGGAAUACAAUGAGGAAUAUAGGGAGGAGCUGUACAAGUUUAUUAAUGUAAAGGAUGAUAUGAUUAACCUGGAAGAAUUAGUAGAACAGAUCAUUGGUGAAGUGGAUAAUUAAAGAUGUGUGAUAAGGUACA